GGCCAGCCGGCAUUGUUGUGCACAGUGGAGUUGUUAGUCACUUGGAGCGGCCAGGGCAGCGAAGUAACUCCUUCACUAAGAGCAAACCGCAGUCGGGUGUGAGCAGGAGCAGCCAUGAAAGUUACGGCAGUGUUGGUGGCGGGGCUGCUGGCCGUCCUCGUGGCCCAGGCCGGGGCGCGGUCUGUGGCCGUGGAGCAGGUGUCCUCGGCACUGCAGGAAAGUUUCAAUUCCUUGAACUCCAAAAGAAACGAAUGGUUUGAAAACUAUUCAACCAUGAAUAACAUGACGAAGACAACCAAUGCCAGACUGGCGGAGCUUGGCUUGGUCAGCAAAAUGGCGCUGCCCCUGAUGUGGUAUUUGUACCAGAUGGCGGUGAAGAGCGAGAAGAAACAUUACCCGAAACUGGCGGAAUCGGGGGAGCAGUCUCUUCCCUACCAUUUCGAAACCACCCUCGCCGAAUCCACGUUGGGCCUCAACUAUUACCUGGAGGCAACAUUAAUCCUCCAGAACUACCGCGAUUUCCAGGUGCGGAUUCUUAAGGAUGAAGAAGCCAUCUUCUUCCUGAACUUCAACUUCAAUGAAAGACGGGCAGUGAUGGGCUACACCCACAACCAGGAACACACGGAGAAGAUUGUGCUCGAGGGCGACAACUUCCCUGACAUCCAACUCUACCAGCCUUUCAGGGUUAAUGUGCAGGUGAUAAGUGACUGCAUUGUUGCCUCCUUCUGGCUGACCAACCUUGACCUGAGCAUGCCAAUGCCUCUGCCUGAGAAACACAUCUGGUGCACAAGGGACUACUCAUACGGACAAGACGUCUCAUUUGAUAUUGACACACUCGAAGCUGAAGAUCACCAACACCAUGACAGCCAAGAUGAACAGGAGCAGGAUAGCCAGGAACAAGAUAGUCAAGAGGAAAAUUCCCAUGAGAAAGAAGGUAGUAAUGAAAUCAAGUUAGUUUCUACUGUAAUUUACAAUGGAUUUAUCUAUAUGUAGAACACCUUCCUUGUGCAGCCCCAAAUAAUGCACAUCAUUCUUUCAAUUUACUUCACUGUUUGAAACAAAAGCAUGUGUAGUUGUUUUAUUGGAAAUAAUGGCAUUCUGUAUCUUCAAAUAAUAUUAAAAGAUUUCAUCUAAUAUUCUGUUGUAACGUAUAUAUAAUAUAUAUAGACUUUAAAAACAUUAAAACCUUAAGUUUGCUCUGUAAACAAUAUUCCAAUUCAUUAAAAUGUUGGUAGUCCUGUUCCCAGAUUGAUGACCUUAUAUCUUUAAACUUGUAUACGAAACACGUAAAAUCCUAUUUAGUGUUACAUACAAUUUAAAGCUCAGUAUCAUCCUUAUAAUUAUAUAAAGGUAUAAAUGAACAAGUUAUUGCUAUCAUAUCACAAUUCCAUUAUGGUGCGGCACCAAAAACUGUAAAUAGAUGAGUUACUGCACUCUAAAUAAGUCAUGCUGAGUAAUAAACAUAAUCAGUA